GAGCUUCCGCAUUGCGUUUCCGGUAUGUGAGCAGCGGGCCCCGCCCACUAAACGCUUCUCAAUUUUGUUCCCGUGUGCUCACCUGCGUGCCUCCUGUCUGCAUCGCCGCCUCUGGCAACUCGAACGCCGAAAGGAAGAAAACGAGCGAGGAAAGGUCUUUUGCCCGUUGUUGGCGUGAUGUCCAAGAAGGCUGCAAGUCGCGCGUUCGAGACGGACGUCCCGGUGGAUGCGUCCAUCAUCCGGAUUCCGCCUCACCACUACAUCCACGUGCUGGACCAGAACACCAACAUCGCCCGCGUAGAGAUUGGACCGCAGACCUAUUACCGCCAGGACAAUGAAAGGUCGGCGGCCGCGCCCACGUGGUGGUACGCCACACCCAUGCAUUUUCUAACAUCACGUGACCCGUGCAGGGUUCUUAUGUUUGAGCCCUUUCGGAUGAUCAUGGUGCCCCCGCGCCACUACUGCGUGGUGGUGAACCCGGUUGCCUGCGAUGACAACGGCCAUGUUCUGUUUGACGGAUCGGGCCAGGCCAAGCUCAGGCACGCCGACCUGGAAAUCCGCCUCACCCGGGAUCCAUUCCCGCUUUACCCCGGGGAGGAGAUCCAGCAGGACGUGACCCCCCUGCAGGUGGUUUAUCCAGACACAGCCCUCCGUCUGCAGGCGCUGCUCGACUUUCUGGACAAUGGAGAACAGCGCGUGGCGGGAGACGAGUGGCUCUUCGAGGGGCCCGGCACGUACAUUCCGAGAAAGGAGGUGAUUGUCCUGGAAACCAUCAAGGCCACGGUGAUCGGCGAGAACCAGGCCAUACGACUGCGAGCACGUAAAGAGGGCGUCGACCGCGAGGGCAAGCACCGCGUUACGGGUGAAGAGUGGCUGGUCAGCAAGGUGGGCGCGUACCUUCCUGGUGCUCACGAGGAGGUUAUCGACAUUGUCAACGCCUUCAUCCUGACAGACAAGAAAGCGCUGCACGUGCGCGCCCUUCGACUUUUCCGCGACGCGGGGGGUCACGAGCGUCGCACAGGCGAAGAGUGGCUGGUGACCAAAGAGGACCGCGAGGCUCACGUGCCCUCGGUGUCGGAGGAAGUGGUGGGCGUGGUCAACGUCACCACACUCAGCACGCGCCAGUAUUGCGUCAUCCUGGACCCGGUCGGACCCGACGGGAAACCUCAGCUGGGUCAGAAAAGGGUUGUCAAGGGGGAGCGCUCGUUCUUCCUGCAGCCGGGCGAGCGUCUGGAUAAAGGAAUUCAGGAUGUGUUUGUCUUGUCUGAAGAGGAGGGCCUUGUCCUGAGAGCCAUUGAGGCCUUCACUGACACCCAAGAGUCCUCCCCCUUAUGCUCCCCGCCCCGCCUCCCUUCCCCACCCAUCAGCUCGCUAACCCUGGUCUCCGCCCUCCUCCGGCCCCUGCCCCGUUCUCUCUGUCAGCGCGAGGAGGCGGAGCCCGAAGAGGAAGAGGGCGAUCGCAGCAAGCGUAUCCGUCACAGCGCCGUCCUCCGACGCCCCGGCGACCGCUGGAUGCUGCGAGGACCUAUCGAGUAUGUGCCCCCCUCCCAGGUGGAGGUGGUGCUCAGGCGCCAGGCCAUCCCGCUGGACGAGCACGAGGGAAUCUACGUCAGGGAUAUCAAGAGCGGAAAGGUGCGCGCCAUGAUCGGACAGACGUACAUGCUGACCCAAGAUGAGGAACUCUGGUCCAAAGAGCUCCCCGCCAACGUGGAGGCCCUGCUGGCGUCCUCCAAGGACCCGCUGGCCGACCGCUCCAACCGUAGAAGGACCCCGAGCGAGGAACCGGAGGGCAAACCUCGGGACAAGACCAUGGUGGUCUCCUUCAGGGUCCCACACAACGCCGCCGUUCAGGUCUAUGACUACCGGGCGAAGAGGGCCCGCGUGGUCUUCGGACCCGAGCGUGUCAUGCUGGGGCCUGACGAGCAGUUCACCGUCCUGUCGCUGUCCGGCGACCGGCCCAAACGGAGCAACGUCAUCAAGGCCGUCUGCCUUCUGCUCGGACCCGACUUCUUCACUGACAUCAUCACCAUAGAAACCGCCGACCACGCCAGGCUGCAGUUGCAACUCUCCUACAACUGGCACUUUGAUGUGAAGCCGCCCGUGGAUCCCGAAGAGGCUGCCUCUCUCUUCUCGGUGCCGGACUUUGUGGGCGACGCCUGCAAGGCGAUCGCGUCGCGGGUUCGCGGUGCCGUGGCCUCAGUGCAGUUUGACGACUUCCACAAGAACUCCAAUCGCAUCAUCUGCUCGGCCGUGUUUGGCUUUGACGAGAAGCUGGCGGUGCGGUCCAGUCUCCGCUUCCACCAGAACCGACUGGUCAUCAGCAGCGUGGAUAUCCAGUCAGUGGAACCCGUUGACCAGCGCACGCGCGACGCUUUGCAGAAAAGCGUCCAAUUGGCCAUCGAGAUCACCACCAACUCCCAGGAGGCCGCCGCCAGGCAUGAAGCCGAACGUCUGGAGCAGGAAGCUCGCGGGAAGCUGGAGCGGCAGAAGAUCACCGACCAGGCGGAGGCCGAGCGAGCCAGGAAGGAGCUCCUGGAGCUGGAGGCCCUCAGUGCCGCCGUGGAGAGCACCGGCGCAGCCAAAGCUGAAGCCCAGUCCCGAGCCGAGGCGGCUCGCAUCCAGGGCGAGGCGGCCGUCCACGAGGCCAGACUGAAGGCCGAGGCUCAGCGCAUCGAGGCGGAGGCGGAGCUUGAUCGGCUGGCCAAGGCUCGUGAGCAGGAGCUGAGCUACAGGAAGAAGAUGGACCAACUGGAGGUGGAAAAGCAGGAACAAAUCGCCAACAUCGAGAGCGAACGCUUCCGCCAGCUCGUCAGCAGCCUGGGCAGCGAUACGCUCGCCGAGAUGGCGCGUGCCGGACCUGAGCUGCAGGUGAAAAUGCUGCAGGCCCUCGGCCUCAAGUCCACCCUCAUCACGGACGGCUCCUCCCCCAUCAACCUCUUCACCACCGCCAACGGCCUGCUGGGGGCGCUGCCAACGCCUGCCCAGUGACU